AUGAAUUCGGUAGAAAUCUCUGGUUUUAUCCCCAAACUUGGUCUAGUCGUAGUAGGAAUUGUGUUGGUAGAAUGCACUCGGCAAGGCUUGAAUUACCUGCAGCGAAAAAAUUCAAAGCCAGUGAUUAGACAAGUGAUAUUCUUUCCUGAUAAACAAAUUGCCUGUAAAGACUUUUUCGAUUCAGUCGAAGGCUGUUCUAGGAUUCGCUGCGAUUUCAGCCACACAACAACUGGCUUCAGGCAACUACUUUCCCACAUAAAGUCAGCAAGGAAAUCUAUCGACAUUGCUGUUUAUUGCAUCUCUUGUUUUGAGAUUGCAGAUGUUGUGUUGCAACGUCACAAAGUUGGAGUCAGAGUCAGAGUGAUUACAGACCAGAGCAUGGAGAUAGCUUUUGGAUCCCAGAAUCACCGUUUUAUGAAAGAUGGGAUCAGGGUACAUACCAACAAACCCCCAUUUCUAAUGCACCACAAGUUUUUUAUUAUUGAUGAUGAGCUGCUUUGCUCUGGGUCCUUCAACUGGACUUCACAAGCUGUCACUGGUAACAACGAAUCUGUCAUAAUCACUAAUGAUCCCUGGACCGUUGAACCUUUUUGUGCUGAAUUUCAAAAAUUGUGGCAAGAAACUAAGCCUGGAAAUUAA